CUCCUUCUAGGGGUUUUCUCUGUGGAAGAACAUCACUAUGCCUUGAGCAUUUGUCCAAGGCACAGGGCUGAUUUCGGCAUCCGCUGGAGGACAGGGAAGACCAUGUGUACAGUGCCCAAAGAAUUAGCAGUACAUAAAACUACAACUGCUAAAGGGAGCCACCGAGUGGAUAGCUUGAAGUCGGCGUUUAUUUUCAAAACCACGAACACAUGUAUUCCAGUUGGAUCACGUAAGUUGCAAACUUUUCUGCGAAGAUUGGUUAGAUAAUGGUAAUUUUUCACGGUUAAGAAUCACAUAUAAGGUGGCACACAAGGCGAGGAGUUUGCUAGCACUCUAUUAAAGAAACAGUAAGAAAUUUCCACGAGACAGUGACAAGAGAGGAGAGAGCGUGCAAGGAGAGGGAAAGGCGCUUUUAAGAUGUAUUAAUUAUCACGUAUCGCUUGUUUGUGUUACGCAGGGGUCACUUUUGCCUUGGGGGUGCGGGUAAUCCAAGCACACCUUGCAGUCCUCAUUCAAAAUUAAUGGUCUUGCGGGCAGGAAGUUCUCUUCUUUCUAUGUAUGUUUUAAAUGUAUUGUUUAUACAGUAUAUUGACAUUAAUUUCUGUUCGUCUGUUCAUUUUGUGUUGCUUUUGUUUCUCCGUUUAAAGCAAUUUGUAAACAAUGCAACGAGUAUAUCAGCAAACAGGCCAUGCCCAACCAAACUCUAGUGUUUGCUUCAGGUGGGGUGGAGCCCGUCCCCGGGGUCUCGCACCUGCAAGAGUUACCCGAGCCCCAUUUGUUGGUAAGUAGAAUAAGAAACACUAGUGUAAAUGGUUCGCUUAAGUGGCUCCUUUAACGAUGGUAUGAAAUGUUUUCCUUCCAAAAAGAAAUUCAUCAUUCAUUCUUUCAUUUCCUUUUUAAUCCUUUUUUUUUUACUUUAGGGGAUUUCUUUUCAUUUCUUUCUUUCUUUCUUAACGGGUUUGUGUGGGUGUUGGCUUAUGAAUAAAAUAAAACAAAAUAAACAUUUUAUCAUGCUUUAUAGUAAUUACACAAUAUAUUUGUUUGAACUGUUUCAGGUAGAGGGGGAAACAGGCCGCCGUUCAAGUGCAGAAACAACUAGUAGUGAGUUAUCAUCUGAUGACCUUGCAACUGAACUGAAGAGGCUGGAGAUAUCGUCAAGAGGGUGGGAUGAUGAGACGUUCCUCAGUCCGGAUACCGGAAGUCUUGUUUCUUCGACGAGUGACGAGGCCCCAACCACUAUGCAAGAACCUCGUAAAAAGUUGAACGAAUAUCUGGUUUCGAAGAACAUCCCGCCAAUAACUCAGCCCUGGAUGGAAUGGGAUAAAGCUGGAGAGAGCACUAAGAAGAGAUACACCAAAAGGACAGUGGAGAUCUUUUCUUCAGUCCUACAAGAUCUUACACCUAAUUAUGCAGGUUCUCUUUGGCAAGCGGUCGUCUCGUCCCCUGCCAUGAACAAAGCUCUUAAACUUGAUGAACUAUCACACACGUCCAAGAAUUAU